CAUCACACCUCGUAUCAUGGACACUGAUGUUCAAAUGACUUCUGGCCAAGCCGCAUCACUGAGCAAGUCUAUGAGCUCACAAUCUCUCGCCGAAUCCUCCAUAAGGAGCGAGGCAGUGAAGAAUCUUGCUGAGCGCUUCCAAAACACCAACCUCCGAAUAGUCAAAGACAAGACCGCGCUCAAAGAGCGGAAAUUCGACGGCGAGGACUAUGACACGAGCGAAGGAUCCAGCAGUGGUGACCUCGCCCUUAAGGAUCCCAAGGUCGUUGCUAGUGAUGUCGCCGCGCAGCUAUCGUUCCUGCGACGACUCAAGUUUCAGUACCUCGAACAAAAUGCCAAGGAUAAAUACAUCCGCACGAUCGUCAGCGACAUAGACGACGCGCCUCUCAUCACCGCAGCUGGGAACCUUGAGCUGCAGAAAUCAAAUGAGAACAAGAAAGAGGUUUUGCGGGAACGCAAAGCAGCACUCCGGGAGCGGGAAGAUGACGUCCGGAAGCUCGCCACUUUCGUGGAGGAAGACUACCGCAAAGCCAAAUCACUCAUCGACGAAGCCUCCUUUCUCGAGAAACAGAUCCUCGACGCCCGCCUUGCCCUAACCCGCCUACGCCAGGCGCACCCACCACACAACCGGCUCACGAUCGCCGCCGCGAGCCGCAAGCUCGACGCGCAGGUCGAGGAGAUGCAGGCAUGCGACGACGAGCUCGCGGAGACGACCCAGAGCAUCGAGAGCGUCAAGGGCCAGAUCAAGCGCGGCGUCGGCGAGGUCGAGAAGCUGCGCUCCGAGCGCGGUGCCAUCGAGAAGGAAGUGCGCGAGGGCGAGCGGGCGGGCGGCGCAGACGGAGAGGAGAACGACUCGCGGAUUGGCGGGCUAUAUGACUGGUUCUCGGCCUCCCUCACACUCCACCGCAACCUUCUUUCCCUCGUGACGGCGCACUGCGAAGCUGAGAACGAGCUCCGGCUCACAUAUGUCGUCCGCCCACCAGACGACGGACCGGAGAAAGAAGUUCAAAUUCGUCUCCUCUUCGUGCCCAACACGCGGCAGCUCCAUAGCUACGAGGUAACUGGCGUCGAGGUGGGCGACUCAAUCGGCGCGUAUGUGCAGUCGAACGACGUUGCAGGUCUCAUCUGGGCGGUGUUAGCCAAGGCCCGGUGGGCAGCGAAGGAAGGGCUUUGACCUCGUUUGGUAUUGUGAUGCUUCGCUCUUAGACCUCUGUAUUUU